CGAGAGUUUCAUGGUACAUAAUCGGAGGGGAAAACAACCUCUUCCUUUUAAUUGCUCCGGGGCCGCUGCCAAAGAGACGCAGUGGACCUACUCUCUUUUGGGGGUAAGGAGAGGGAACGGGUUGUGUCCGCCAUGUUGGUGAAGGCAAAUGGAGGCGACUGGAGCUCCACGACUGUCAGCUCUGCUGGCUCAAGUCCUCCAUAUUAAUAAAGAGAAAGGGAAGGUUGACCCUUCCUCGUCCUCCCCCUCCCCUCCACAUACACACCCCUUUUUCCCCACACAACUCUCACGACUAAGCUCAGUGGGCCUUUCGCCUGCCUCGAUUGUCCAGCCUUUGCCAGAAGGAAGUUUAGCAUCCAGCGCCUCAGAACAGGCUUAAGACAGCGCCGAAUGAGGGGGAAAGAGAAAUGCCGACCAAUUGCGCCGCGGCGGGCUGUGCUACUACCUACAACAAGCACAUUAACAUCAGCUUCCACAGGUUUCCUUUGGAUCCUAAAAGAAGAAAAGAAUGGGUUCGCCUGGUUAGGCGCAAAGAUUUUGUGCCAGGAAAACAUACGUUUCUUUGUUCAAAGCACUUUGAAGCCUCCUGUUUUGACCUAACAGGACAAACUCGGCGACUUAAAAUGGAUGCUGUUCCAACUCUUUUUGAUUUUUGUACCCACAUAAAGUCUAUGAAACUCAAGUCAAGGAAUCUUUUGAAGAAAAACAAUAGUUGUACUCCAGCUGGACCAUCUAAUUUAAAGUCAAACAGUAGUAGUCAGCAAGUACUACUUGAACAUAGUUACGCCUUUAGGAAUCCUAUGGAGGCAAAAAAGAGGAUAAUUAAACUGGAAAAAGAAAUAGCAAGCUUAAGAAGAAAAAUGAAAACUUGCCUACAAAAAGAACGCAGAGCAACUCGAAGAUGGAUCAAAGCCACGUGCUUGGUGAAGAAUUUAGAAGCAAAUAACACAUUACCUAAGGGCACAUCAGAACACAUUUUACCACCUGCCUUAAGUAACCUUCCUUUAGAAGAUUUCAAGAUUCUUGAACAAGAUGAACAAGAUAAAACAUUACCAAUUCUCUAAUCCUAAAACAUACUGAGAGUACCUUCUCUUAAGUUUAGCUUGCACAGAACUUAAUGCCCAUCCUUCAUUCUUUUCAGAGGUAAAGAUAUUUACAAUUAUGCCAAAAUUGAGUAUUUAAUAAAUUUUUACUUGAAGUAACGUUAUUACUGUAUAACUGAUGAAGACUUGAUUACAAAAAAAAUAAAAUCCUUCUUAUGAGAAUUUUAUUUGAAAAUGAAUGUAAGUGCCUUACAUGAGAAUUACAUACAUAAAAUUUUUGCUAGGAUAUUAUGUGUUUGCAAGGUGUUUUGUGUUUUUGUCUUUUUAAACUACUAUUAAAGAAUAGCCUAUGACAA